AUGGUGGGGUCGAGGACCAUCCCGACAUCCACGUUGGGGCGAAACCUGCGGGAAACGGAGGGGGCUGAAACCGACCGAUUCGGUUUUUUUAUAAGCUCAGAAGAAAAGGCCAUGGAGGAGGAAUUCCUUCGUGUCCACCCCGAGAAGUUGAGUGUACGAGAGCGGUGGUCGAAAGCGUUGCUGCGGUGGGAUGGUUGCGCUCAUAUGAAAAAGAAAAAGUUAUGUCGAGUCGGUGUUCCGCAGUCACAAAGAAAAACAGUGUGGCCACUGCUUCUGAUGACAUAUGGUUGGCAACUUGAGAAAUACGGGGAUUAUCAUCUUCUUAUGAGCCAGCAGCCGCGCGAUGCAGCAAUGUUUGAAAUAAUCGAGCGUGACCUUGGAAGGACAUUUCCAACCCAUAGAUUGUUUAAUAAACCGGGUAGCACAGGGCAAAUGGGGUUGCGUAGUAUUCUUCGCGCCUAUGCUAAUCUCAACCCGGAGACGGGGUAUGUUCAAGGAAUGGGCUUUCUCGUAGGAACACUUCUUAUCCAAAUUGGGGAUGAAGAGAGCACAUUCAGUGCAUUUGUUUCGAUUAUGGAGAACCCAAGAUACUCCAUGGCCAAGUUAUAUGCUCCUGGAUUCCCCCUUCUCUUUGUUCGCUUACAUCAACUGCAGAAACUGUUGGGGCGCCAUUGCAAGAAAUUGCUCAAACGGCUCAUGGAGUAUGGCAUUGAGUUGUCUACCUUUGCAGCCAACUGGUACCUGACAUUGUUUGCAUACCACUUCAACUUUGGUUUACUCUCCCGUAUUUGGGAUAUGUUCCUUUGUGAGGGGUGGAAGAUCAUUCAUCGUGUGGCGAUUGCUCUUCUAUUGCUGCACAAAAGCGCUCUCGAUCGCGCGAGGGAUGGUGCAGAGUUACUGAUUGCACUGAACACCGCUCAUGAAGGAAAGGAUGAGGUGGAGGUCAUCCGUAAGGCCCUAAGUGUGAAGUUUAAGACGGCUGAUUUAGUCCGGUGGGAGAGGAAGUUUUGUCAACAGCUCUAA